AUGUGGGGCAGCGGUGUAGUUGACGACCCGCGCAUCGUUCGCCUUGACAGUCAAGGAGGACAAAAUGCCUGGCACAAUCCCGCCGAGCCUCGCGCUGAACGAUUGCACCAAGAUGCGGACACCCAUUCAUCCAGCUCAGAAGACGUAGACCGCAGCGGUACCUGGGGCGAACACGAUGCAGGCAUCCCUAAUGAAGUUAUGGCUAUGGAGGAUUUCAGAGCUCUGAGAAGAGAGCUCACCAACCGAUCGAAAGCCAGCGGACGUCAAUCACUAGGCCGAAAACAAUCAUCCAGGAGACAGAGCACGGUCAAUGAUGCUGAUGACGAAGAAUCCGAAGUUGGAGGAAACACCGAGGCUCAGGGCAAGGACGAGGAUGACUUCGAACUCGAUGAGUUCAUGAGAGAGGGCCAUCUCGGUCAGCGCAAGGGCGACAAGUCAGCCAAGAAGGUUGGUGUUGUAUACAAGAACCUGACCGUCAAGGGUGUUGGAGCUGGCGCAACCUUCGUCCGCACCUUGCCUGACGCCAUCUUGGGUACAUUCGGACCGGAUCUUUACCACAUACUCUCCAGAUUCAUUCCCUUCCUCCGCCGCAAGAACGGCGACCUGAAGACACUGAUCAACGACUUCUCGGGUGUGGUAAGAGACGGAGAGAUGAUGCUGGUUCUAGGCAGGCCUGGUGCCGGCUGCACGACCUUCCUCAAGACUAUUGCCAACAACCGCGAAGGCUAUGCACAAGUCGACGGUGAAGUUUCGUACGGUGGCAUCCCAGCAGAAAAGCAGAGGAAAAUUUAUCGUGGAGAGGUCAACUACAACAUGGAGGACGACAUUCAUUUCGCUUCCCUUACCGUGUGGCAAACAUUCAUGUUCGCUCUCCUCACAAAAACCAAAAAGAAGGCUAGCGGAGACAUUCCUCUCAUCGCUGAAGCUCUGAUGAAGAUGUUCGGAAUCAGCCACACUGCUCGCACGCUGGUUGGAGAUGAGUACACGAGAGGUGUCUCAGGAGGUGAGCGAAAGCGUGUUUCGAUUGCCGAAACCCUUGCAUCAAAGAGUACUGUUGUCUGUUGGGACAAUUCAACUCGCGGUCUCGAUGCUUCGACGGCUUUGGAUUACGCCAAGUCUCUUCGCAUCAUGACCGAUGUCAGCAACAGAACCACAUUGGUGACCCUUUACCAGGCAGGUCAAGGGAUUUACGAUCUGAUGGACAAGGUCUUGGUCAUUGACCAAGGUCGCUGUAUCUUCACUGGCCCUGCUGCAGCUGCCAAGCAGUAUUUCAUUGAUUUAGGUUUCGAAUGUCCUGAGAGACAAACUACUGCCGACUUCUUGACUGCCAUCACUGACCCUGUGGAGAGAAAAUUCAGACCAGGCUGUGAGGCCAGUACGCCCAAGACUCCUGUGGAACUCGAACGUGCUUUCCGUGAAUCAUCAUUCUACACCCGGAACCUGCAAGAUGUUGAAGCUUAUGAACAACACCUCGAGCAAACCAACCACCAAGACGCUAAAGAGUUUGAGGAGACCGUCCAGGCCGGUAAAUCCAAGACUGUCACCAAGAAAUCGCCAUACACUGUCAGUUUCAUUCGCCAAGUGCUUGCUUGCACCAAGCGUGAGUUUUGGCUUCUAUGGGGAGACCCGACCACCCUGUGGACCAAGGUGUUCAUUAUCAUUUCGAACGGUCUUAUCGUCGGUUCUCUCUUCUAUGGAGAAUCCUUGAACACCAGCGGCGCUUUCUCUCGCGGAGGUGCCAUCUUCUUCUCUAUCCUCUUCCUUGGCUGGCUGCAACUCACUGAAUUGAUGAAGGCAGUCAGUGGACGUGCCGUUGUCGCUCGCCAGAAGGAAUACGCUUUCUACCGCCCCUCUGCUGUCAGUGCUGCCCGUGUGGUUGCUGAUCUACCAGUCAUUCUGGUUCAAGUCUGUCUUUUUACAAUCAUCAUGUAUUUCAUGACUGGCCUGGACGUUAAUGCUGGCAAGUUCUGGAUCUACUUCCUCUUCGUCUACGUCAACACUAUCUGUAUCACCGCACUUUAUCGUAUGUUCGCAAGUUUGUCACCGACUAUUGAUGAUGCUGUUCGUUUCUCUGGUAUCGCCCUCAACUUGCUCAUCAUCUACACUGGUUAUGUUAUCCCUAAGACUCAAUUGCUCGGCGAUUACAUCUGGUUCGGUUGGAUCUACUACAUCAAUCCCAUUGCAUACUCCUUCGAGGCUGUGUUGACCAACGAGUUUUCCGGCCGCACUAUGCAAUGUGCCCCGAGUAAUUUGGUCCCUCAAGGCCCCGGUAUUGAUCCUGCGUUCCAGGGAUGUACCUUGACUGGUGCAGCAGUCAACGCUCACACUGUCAGUGGUUCCGCCUAUCUCGAACAGCAAUACACCUAUACGCGCGCCCACCUCUGGCGUAACUUUGGUGUCGUCAUUGCCUAUACCGUUCUUUACUUGCUCGUCACCAUCGCCGCUACUGAACUUUUCAGCUUCGUCGGUGGUGGUGGUGGUGCUCUGGUUUUCAAGAAGUCUAGAAAGGCGAAGCAGCAGGUCAAGGCAGCAAGUCCCGCGGACGAGGAGAAGAUCGAAUCCGAUAGUGAUACUGCUGUUGGCGGAUCAACUGGCGAAAAGGAAGAACAAGAAGCUUUGGACUCUAUUGCGAAGAGUGAAAGUAUUUUCACCUGGAGAGACGUCGAAUACACAGUCCCGUACAACGGUGGCGAGCGUAAGCUGCUCAACAAGGUCAACGGAUAUGCUAAACCUGGUCUCAUGAUUGCCUUGAUGGGUGCUUCUGGUGCUGGAAAGACAACUCUGCUCAACACUCUCAGUCAGAGACAGAAGAUGGGUGUCGUCCAGGGUGAAAUGUUCGUUGACGGCAGACCUCUCGGUAAAGAGUUCCAGCGUAACACCGGAUUUUGUGAACAGAUGGAUCUUCACGACGGCACUGCCACCAUCAGAGAAGCACUCGAGUUCUCUGCUAUUCUCCGUCAGGAUCGUAAGGUGCCUCGUGCUGAGAAGAUUGCAUACGUCGACAAGGUUAUCGACUUGCUUGAACUCAAUGACAUGCAGGAUGCCAUCAUCUCUUCCCUUGGCGUCGAGCAACGUAAGCGUCUGACUAUUGGUGUCGAACUUGCUGCCAAACCCUCGCUACUCCUCUUCCUCGACGAGCCCACAUCUGGUCUUGAUUCGCAAAGUGCAUACAGCAUUAUUCGUUUCUUGAAGAAAUUGACUGCCGCUGGUCAAGCUAUUGUCUGUACCAUCCAUCAGCCCUCGUCUGUCCUGAUCCAGCAAUUCGACAUGGUUCUCGCUCUCAACCCCGGAGGCAACACGUUCUACUUUGGUCCUAUCGGAGAGAACGGAAAGGACGUUAUUGAGUACUUUGGUGCUCGUGGCGUAAAGUGCCCUCCAGCAAAGAACGUAGCAGAGUUCCUUCUCGAAACCGCCAUCAAGCCUAAAAAGCGAGCAGACGGAACAAAGAUCGACUGGAAUGAAGAAUGGCGCAACAGCAAGGAGGCUCAGGCAGUCAUUGAUGAAAUCGAUGGACUCAAGCGUAUGAGGAGCAAGUCAGUCCACGAAUCGCAAUCAGAAGACGAAGCUACCGAGUUCGCCGCUCCCGUUUGGCUGCAAACUACCAUGCUCACCAAGCGUGUCUUCACCCAAUACUGGCGCGACCCUUCAUACCUCUAUGGCAAACUGUUUGUCGCAGUCAUUAUCGGUAUCUUUAACGGUUUCACCUUCUGGCAGCUCGGCAACUCCAUCCAAGAUAUGCAGAACCGCAUGUUCACGGCUUUCCUCAUCUUGACCAUCCCUCCCACCAUCGUCAAUGCUGUCGUCCCGAAGUUCUAUCAAAACAUGGCACUCUGGAUGGCCAGAGAAUUACCAUCGCGUAUCUACGGUUGGUUCGCUUUCAGUACUGCCAUGGUUGUUGCCGAAAUCCCUAUCGCGGUCGUCAGUGCUGUCAUAUACUGGGUUCUAUGGUACUGGCCAUCUGGACUGCCAACUGACAGUUCUACUGCUGGUUAUGUCUUCUUCAUGGUACUCUUGUUCUUUUGGUUCCAGGCAUCGUGGGGCCAGUGGAUUUGCGCGUUCGCACCCAGUUUCACCGUCAUCUCGAAUGUUUUACCCUUCUUCUUCGUCAUGUUCUCGCUUUUCAACGGUGUCGUACGACCCUACGCCUCGCUCCCUGUCUUUUGGCGCUACUGGAUGUACUACCUUAAUCCCUCCACAUACUGGAUCAGUGGUGUCCUCGCCAAAACUCUCGAUGGCAUCCGCGUCGAAUGCACGCCUAGCGAAACAGCCAUGUUCAAUGUUCCUGGUGGCCAAACCUGCCAGUCAUAUGCCGGUGCCUUUGCAGCCUCGUCAGGCGGUUACCUCCUCAACCCUGAUGCUACCGCCGAUUGCCAGUACUGUCCCUAUCAGUCCGGCAAUGGCUACCUCUCCACCCUCAACAUCAAGGCCAGCCAGGCAUGGAGAGAUCUCGGUAUCUUCUGCAUCUUUGUUGUCUCCAACUGGGUUCUGGUCUACUUCUUCAUCUACACUGUCCGUAUCAAGGGCUGGAGCUUUGGCUUUGGCAAGCUCUUUGGUGCCUUGGGUAGCUUGGUUGGGGUUAUCAAGAAGCCUUUCCAGAGCAAGAAGAAGGAGUAA